GGGGAGUGCGGAGGAGGGCGGAGGCGGCGGCGGCGCGGGGGGCUGGCGGGCUGGCGGGCGGUUGGCACCGGGCUUGUAAAUAAACUGCGAUGCUGUCUCGGGCUCGCCGGCCCGGGUGCCGCCGCCGCCGCCGCCCCGGAGCGCCGGUGCCAGGCUCCCGCUGCCGCGCGCCCUAGCGCCUCCGCGCCAGCCUCACGCGCCCUCGCCCGCUCCCCGCAGUCCGCGGCUCGCGCCCCUCAGGGUCCCGCGGCUGACCUGUGCGGGAUGUGACCCCUUCCCGCUGCCUGGCCUCCCCUGCCCCCCGGGGGGCCCUCCUUUGGUUUGUUGGGGGGGGGGGGGGGGGGGAGCGGCGCGCGGAUCAUGGCAUUGGAGUUCCUGGGCUUGCAGCCGCCGCCGCCGCCUCAUCCACGCACCCCGAGCGCCCCUUCUUCCCGGAGCAGCAGCGGAGAAGGCGAAGCGGCCGGCGGGGGCGAGACAGAUGGGGCUCAAGGCACGCAGGGCGGCGGGGGCGGCGGGGGCGGCUGCCGGCGGCGGCGACGGGGGCGGCGGCGGCGGGGCCGCUAACCCCGCCGGAGGGGACGCGGCGGCGGCCGGCGAUGAGGAGCGGAAAGUGGGGCUGGCGCCCGGCGACGUGGAGCAAGUCACCUUGGCGCUCGGGGCCGGAGCUGACAAAGACGGGACCCUGCUGCUGGAGGGCGGCGGCCGCGACGAGGGUCUGCGGAGGACCCCGCAGGGCAUCGGGCUCCUGGCCAAGACCCCCCUGAGCCGCCCUGUCAAGAGGAACAACGCCAAGUACCGGCGCAUCCAAACUUUGAUCUACGACGCCCUCGAGAGACCGCGGGGCUGGGCGCUGCUCUACCACGCGCUCGUGUUCCUCAUUGUCCUGGGAUGCUUGAUUCUGGCCGUGCUGACCACAUUCAGGGAGUACGAGACUGUUUCGGGAGACUGGCUGCUGUUACUGGAAACAUUUGCUAUUUUCAUCUUUGGAGCCGAGUUUGCUUUGAGGAUCUGGGCUGCCGGGUGUUGCUGCCGCUACAAAGGCUGGCGGGGAAGGCUGAAGUUUGCCAGGAAGCCCCUGUGUAUGCUCGACAUCUUCGUGCUAAUCGCCUCUGUGCCGGUGGUUGCUGUGGGAAACCAGGGCAAUGUGCUGGCCACUUCCCUGCGCAGCCUGCGUUUCCUGCAGAUCCUGCGUAUGCUGCGGAUGGACCGCCGGGGCGGCACGUGGAAACUCCUGGGCUCGGCCAUCUGCGCCCACAGCAAAGAGCUCAUCACCGCCUGGUACAUUGGGUUCCUGACGCUCAUCCUUUCUUCAUUUCUUGUCUACCUGGUUGAGAAAGAUGUGCCAGAGGUUGAUGCCCAAGGAGAAGAGAUGAAGGAGGAAUUUGAGACCUAUGCGGAUGCCCUUUGGUGGGGCCUGAUCACGCUGGCCACCAUUGGCUACGGAGACAAGACACCCAAAACAUGGGAAGGCCGCCUGAUUGCGGCCACCUUCUCCUUAAUCGGUGUCUCCUUUUUCGCCCUUCCAGCAGGCAUCCUGGGGUCAGGACUGGCACUCAAGGUACAGGAGCAACACCGGCAGAAGCACUUUGAGAAAAGAAGGAAGCCGGCCGCUGAACUCAUCCAGGCUGCCUGGAGGUAUUAUGCUACCAACCCCAACAGGAUUGAUCUUGUGGCGACAUGGAGGUUCUAUGAAUCAGUCGUCUCUUUUCCGUUCUUCAGGAAAGACCAGCUGGAAGCAGCAGCCAGCCAAAAGCUGGGUCUCUUGGAUCGGGUUCGCCUUUCUAAUCCUCGUGGUAGCAAUACUAAAGGAAAGCUAUUUACCCCUCUGAAUGUAGAUGCCAUAGAAGAAAGUCCUUCUAAAGAACCAAAGCCUGUGGGCUUAAACAAUAAAGAACGUUUCCGCACCGCCUUCCGCAUGAAAGCCUACGCUUUCUGGCAGAGCUCCGAAGAUGCUGGGACAGGUGAUCCCAUGGCGGAAGACAGGGCCUACGGGAAUGACUUCCUCAUUGAAGAGAUGAUCCCCACCCUGAAGGCCGCCAUCCGAGCCGUCAGAAUCCUACAAUUCCGUCUCUAUAAAAAAAAAUUUAAGGAGACUUUGAGGCCUUACGAUGUGAAGGAUGUGAUUGAGCAGUAUUCUGCAGGACAUCUCGACAUGCUUUCCAGGAUAAAGUACCUUCAGACCAGAAUAGACAUGAUUUUCACCCCUGGACCUCCAUCUACCCCAAAACAUAAGAAGUCUCAGAAAGGGGCAGCGUUCACCUACCCAUCUCAGCAGUCUCCCAGGAAUGAACCAUAUGUAGCCAGAGCAUCCACAUCGGAAACUGAAGACCAAAGCAUGAUGGGGAAGUUCGUGAAAGUUGAAAGACAGGUUCAUGACAUGGGGAAGAAACUGGACUUCCUGGUAGAUAUGCACCUGCAGCACAUGGAAAGGCUGCAGGUGCACGUCACGGAAUACUACCCGACCAAGGGGACCUCCUCACCUGCAGAGGUGGAGAAGCUAGAUGACAACAGAGAUUCAGAUUUAAAAACCAUCAUCUGCAACUAUUCUGAGAAGGGCCCCUCCGAGGCCCCCUACAGCUUCCACCAGCUGCCCCUGGACAAAGUCGGUCCCUAUGGGUUUUUUGCCCAUGACCCUGUGAACCUGCCCCGAGGAGGACCCAGUUCUGGAAAGGUUCAAGCAACACUUUCCUCCUCAGCAGCAACGUAUGUGGAAAGGCCCACCGUCCUGCCUAUCUUGACUCUUCUUGACUCCCGAGUGAGCUACCACUCCCAGGCUGAACUGCACGGCCCCUACUUGGACCAGGUCUCCCCCAGACAGAGACAGAGCAUCACACGGGACAGUGACACGCCCCUGUCCUUGAUGUCGGUCAACCAUGAGGAGCUGGAGCGGUCUCCAAGUGGCUUCAGCAUCUCCCAGGACAGAGAUGAUUACAUGUUUGGCCCGAGUGGGGGAUCGAGCUGGAUGAGGGAGAAACGUUACCUCGCCGAGGGUGAGACAGACACGGACACAGACCCCUUCACCCCCAGUGGCUCCAUGCCUCUGUCAUCCACAGGGGAUGGGAUUUCUGAUUCAAUAUGGACCCCUCCCAACAAGCCCAUUUAGAAGGGGUUGUGGGCUGAGUUCUCCUUGUAAUGUAGACAGACUUUGUAUAGCUCACUUGCUCUCACACACGACACUUGACGGUGAGAUCACCAGUAGCUGCAUCAAACACAUGCAUGUGCGUCGCGGCCCCCCACCAGGGCAGGGGCUUUUCACGGCCUUCCUCCUCCCCAGGUCACCACAGUGAAGCUGCUUCCUUUUAAGCAUGGUUUGCAUGACUUUACAAUAUAUAAAUGGUACCGCUAAUCUCUUCUAGGAUAUACAUUUAUCUGCUGUUCUUAAUUUAAAUCAUUAUUGGACCAGGA